GGCAGUCGAAGCGCGCGGCUGCAGCGGCGGAGCCUGAGCCCGGAGCCGGAGCCGCGGCCGGAUCGCAGCCCGCGGGGCCCGCCGCAGCCAUGGGCAACCGCGGAAUGGAAGAUCUCAUCCCGCUGGUCAACCGGCUGCAGGACGCCUUCUCCGCCAUCGGCCAGAACGCUGACCUCGACCUGCCUCAGAUAGCCGUGGUGGGCGGCCAGAGCGCGGGCAAGAGCUCGGUGCUGGAGAAUUUCGUAGGCAGGGACUUCCUGCCCCGAGGAUCUGGCAUCGUCACCAGACGCCCCCUGGUCCUGCAGCUGGUCAAUGCCACCACAGAAUAUGCCGAGUUCCUGCACUGCAAGGGGAAGAAAUUCACCGACUUCGAGGAGGUGCGUCUGGAGAUCGAGGCUGAGACCGACCGGGUCACAGGCACCAACAAAGGCAUCUCGCCGGUGCCCAUCAACCUCCGCGUCUACUCGCCGCACGUGCUGAACCUGACCCUGGUGGACUUGCCCGGAAUGACCAAGGUCCCGGUGGGAGACCAACCUCCCGACAUCGAGUUUCAGAUCCGGGACAUGCUCAUGCAGUUCGUCACCAAGGAGAACUGCCUCAUCCUGGCCGUGUCCCCGGCCAAUUCCGACCUGGCCAACUCCGAUGCCCUCAAGAUCGCCAAGGAGGUGGACCCUCAGGGUCAGCGCACGAUCGGCGUCAUCACCAAGCUGGACCUGAUGGACGAGGGCACGGACGCCCGCGACGUUCUGGAGAACAAGCUGCUGCCCCUGCGCAGAGGCUACAUCGGGGUGGUGAACCGGAGCCAGAAGGACAUCGAUGGCAAAAAGGACAUCACGGCUGCCCUGGCCGCCGAACGCAAGUUCUUCCUGUCCCACCCAUCCUACCGACACUUGGCUGACCGGAUGGGCACACCCUACCUGCAGAAGGUCCUCAACCAGCAACUGACCAACCACAUCCGGGACACGCUGCCGGGGCUGCGGAACAAGCUGCAGAGCCAGUUGCUGUCCAUUGAGAAGGAGGUGGAGGAGUACAAGAACUUCCGUCCUGACGACCCGGCUCGCAAGACCAAGGCCCUGCUGCAGAUGGUCCAGCAGUUCGCCGUGGACUUUGAGAAGCGCAUCGAGGGCUCGGGGGACCAGAUCGACACCUACGAACUGUCGGGGGGAGCCCGCAUCAACCGCAUCUUCCACGAGCGCUUCCCCUUUGAGCUGGUCAAGAUGGAGUUCGACGAGAAGGAGCUCCGAAGGGAGAUCAGCUAUGCCAUUAAGAAUAUCCAUGGCAUCAGGACGGGCCUCUUCACACCUGACCUCGCUUUUGAAGCCACAGUGAAAAAGCAGGUGCAGAAGCUCAAAGAGCCCAGUAUCAAGUGUGUGGAUAUGGUAGUCAGUGAGCUCACGUCUACCAUCAGAAAGUGUAGUGAAAAGCUGCAGCAGUACCCCCGGCUGCGAGAGGAGAUGGAGCGCAUCGUGACCACCCACAUCCGGGAGCGCGAGGGCCGCACCAAGGAGCAGGUCAUGCUCCUCAUCGAUAUCGAGCUGGCGUACAUGAACACCAACCACGAGGACUUCAUCGGCUUUGCCAAUGCGCAGCAGAGGAGCAGCCAGAUGAACAAGAAGAAGACCUCAGGCAACCAGGAUGAGAUUCUGGUCAUCCGGAAGGGCUGGCUGACCAUCAACAACAUCGGCAUUAUGAAGGGAGGCUCCAAGGAGUACUGGUUUGUGCUGACCGCCGAGAACCUGUCCUGGUACAAGGAUGACGAGGAGAAAGAGAAGAAGUACAUGCUGUCCGUGGACAACCUGAAGCUGCGAGACGUGGAGAAGGGCUUCAUGUCCAGCAAGCACAUCUUCGCCCUGUUCAACACGGAGCAGAGGAAUGUCUACAAGGAUUAUCGGCAGCUGGAACUGGCCUGCGAGACACAGGAGGAGGUGGACAGCUGGAAGGCCUCUUUCCUGAGGGCUGGAGUGUACCCCGAGCGUGUGGGGGACAAGGAGAAGGCCAGCGAGACCGAGGAGAACGGCUCGGACAGCUUCAUGCACUCCAUGGACCCGCAGCUGGAGCGGCAGGUGGAGACCAUCCGGAACCUGGUAGACUCGUACAUGGCCAUCGUCAACAAGACCGUGCGGGACCUUAUGCCUAAGACCAUCAUGCAUCUGAUGAUCAACAACACCAAGGAAUUCAUCUUCUCGGAGCUGCUGGCCAACCUGUACUCGUGCGGGGAUCAGAACACACUGAUGGAGGAGUCGGCCGAGCAAGCGCAGCGGCGGGAUGAGAUGCUGCGCAUGUACCACGCGCUGAAGGAGGCUCUCAGCAUCAUCGGCGACAUCAACACGACCACUGUCAGCACGCCCAUGCCCCCUCCCGUGGACGACUCCUGGCUGCAGGUGCAGAGUGUACCGGCUGGACGCAGCAGGUCACCCACGUCCAGCCCAACGCCGCAGCGCCGAGCCCCCGCCGUGCCCCCAGCCCGGCCCGGGUCGCGGGGCCCUGCUCCUGGGCCUCCGCCUGCUGGGUCCGCCCUGGGGGCGGCGCCCCCCGUGCCCUCCAGGCCGGGGGCUUCCCCUGACCCCUUCGGCCCUCCCCCCCAGGUGCCCUCGCGCCCCAACCGUGCCCCGCCUGGGGUCCCCAGAAUCACUAUCAGUGACCCCUGAGGAGCGUCAGCCACGCAGGAAGGGCCCUGCCUCACCUACGCGACCUGCGGUCCCCCGGCCAGCUGAGGCUCCCCUCUUAGACUUAUAAGCCGGUGGCCACUGGCAUCCAGCUGCCUGUCCUCCCUGCCUCCCCGGGGUCCCUUCAGAGGACUCCUGGGCCUCCUGCCCACACGGAGGGGCCUCCAAGGCUCCCUCCAGCCAUCCUUUAGCUCCGCCCUCCUGGUCCAAACAGUGUUCUUUCUCCUGUCUUCUCCAGCAGGCCUGGUGGCCCUUGCUUGGGGCUCACAGCCCCAUACUCCCCGAGGCUAGCAGCGGACUGGGCCAGUGGGCUGAAAGAUAGGGGGCCAUAGAAAAGGGGGAGCCAGAGGGGGCUGAUCGUGUGUCUGGAGCUGUGGGUGCACUGCCUGGUGGUGUGUGAGAGACCAGCGUGUGUGGCAGGGGGAGGUUCCGCCUGGGCCUCCAGCCCAGACACUGCGCCCCAGACCCUGCGCCCCAGACCUCCGUGAAGCUCUGGCCCCUGCCCACUUCCAGCUCCUCCCUCCCACCUUCGCCUUCUUUCUCUCCUCUCUUCCGGAACCCUUGCCCACACCUUCGCCUGCAUCGUCUUCCCCUGCGCUCCGCCCCGUGCCCCCGCCGGGCUCAGCCGCCCUUGCCUUACCAGGUCUCUCCCUCCUCUCUCCUGUUCUCUCUCUGCUUCCUCUCCAACUGCCAGCCGAUCGGGUCAGGCAAGUCCGUCCCGUCCUGAGAGCCCCAGGCCCCCCUUCGACCUCUAACCAGAUCCCUUCUCUUCCUCGGAGACUUCCCUCUCCAAGCCUGCCUGGACGGCUGCUCUGUGACCUGACAGUGGCUCCCAAAGCCGCCCCCCUUCAUCCGUGACUUAGUCUAUUGUAGUGGUGAGCUGACACACCCAGCGUGACGUUGGUGAAACUUGUGCCCCUCUGUGGUAUUUCUCCUGCCCUGUUCUAUAAAUAUCUAUAAAUACUUAUAUAUAUAUAUACAUAUAUAUAUACAUGCACACACGCGCACACGCACACACACGAAUAUAUAUGGCUGCCACAGCCUCACCCCUUGUGCUGGGAAUUACCGUGCUUGUCUUUGAGGAGUCUUGUGGCCCAACUGCAAGGAAACACUGUCACCCUACCAUCCUCCUCCAAAGCGUGCCACCUCCGAUGAGCUUCCCUGUCAUGCCGGCCUGUGGACAGCCACCCCCUUUCUGCCCCCCAACCCAUCUUUCCCCCCUUGUGUGCGGGGGCGCUGUCCCGGCAGCUGCGUGGUUCUCUGACCGCUACCAGUCUUGCUGUCUCUUGGCUGAGAAUAAAACCCAUUUCUGGACGAUGGGGAACUGUGUGCUCUGCUGGCUGGUGUUCUCUGUGCCACUCAGGGGGAGGUGAAGGUUCAAACACUGGGGUGCGCAGGUGCGUGAAGGGCCCAGCCAUUGCUAGGGCCCGGCAAGGAAUGGUGGAACGAGGUCCCAUCCUUUCCAAGGCCUCCUGGGAAAGCACCUGGAGAUUCGCAGUUCAUCCUGCGACUCCUGCUCCGACCACUAGGGGGCAGGGGCACCAUCUCAGCCUGCAGGGUGGAUGUGGGGUGUGGGCCGGUGGCGUGGACAGAACAAACAGGCCACCAGAGGGCAGGGUCAUGGAAUGGAAACCACCUGGCCUGGAAGCCCGCUCUCCUGCGUGGUGGCACCCUGCUUUCCCGCCCAGGAUUAAAUCAGGCUUCUGAGUCUGUCAACCACUAGGGCAGGACUGACCCUUAAAGCCCCACAGCCAGCCCCUUGGGGUUCCCCAGGCUUUCCCAAGCAGCCAGCAGGAGACAGACCCAGACCUCUAACAGCCCCAC